AUGCCUCUUUUUGGAUCCCAUCGCGAGCCUUCGCCAGAGGUACACGUACCGGAGCGAGAGAUCCACGAACCCAAGAAACAUGGACUCUUCCACCGUCGCGACGACGUUCGUGAUGUACCUGUAGAAACCACGGAGCAUCCUGCACGCAAACAUAGUCUCUUCCACCGCCGCGAUCACUCCCCCACCGGCACUGCGACAAAUAGAACCAUGUCUGCCAGAAGCUCUACGUCCUCGUCUGGGUCGUCGUUGAAUCACCGCCCCCGACGUGGAGGCAGCCUGCUGCACAAGGCUAUGGGCCGGAACAGCGAGGACGUAGACCCGAGCAUUCUACAGGCUCGCGAGAGGGUCAUGGAUGCGGAAGAGGCUGAAGAGCAGGCAGAUAGGGCACCAUAG